CUGUAAUUUGAAAAACAAUAUCAUCCACACAGUCUCAUUCUCUUCGUUUCUCCACAAUCAAACUCAUGAACUCAUCAACACUAUACAAACCCACCGCUACAAGUUCAUCACAACACCCAUCUUCACUCUUCCCACAAAUCACAAAAUGCAAGAACAUGAGACAUUUAACCCAAGUCCACGCCCACUUUAUCAAGACUGCCCAAAUCCACGACCCACUUGCCGCCGCCGAGAUUCUUCGCUUCUGCUCUCUCUCCGACCGCCGUGACUUAGACUACGCGCGUAAGGUUUUUAACCAAAUGCGUGAACCCAAUUGCUUUUCUUAUAACACUCUUAUAAGAGCCUUCAGUGAGAGUAAUGAUGAUGAAGCUCUUCAUGCCUUGUUAUUAUUUUAUCAAAUGAUUUGUGAUGGGUUUGUGUUACCUAAUAAGUAUACAUUUCCUUCUGUGUUAAAAGCCUGCGCUAAAUUGGGGAAGCUUUUAGAAGGAAAACAGGUUCAUGGGUUAAUUGUGAAAUUUGGAUUUGUUUAUGAUGAAUUUGUUGUCAGUAAUCUUGUUAGAAUGUUUGUUAUGUGUGGCGAAAUGGAUGAUGCUCAUAUUUUGUUCUAUAAAAACAUUGUUGAAUUUGGUAAUGGUAGUAAGUUAGCGGGAGAUAAGAGGAGGCAAGAAGGUAAUAUAGUUUUGUGGAAUGUGAUGAUUGAUGGGUAUGUUGAAAUUGGAAAGUUUAGAGCUUCUAGGGACUUGUUCGAUAAAAUGCCUCAAAGAAGUGUGGUUUCGUGGAAUGUUAUGAUAUCUGGGUACGCACAAAAUGGGAAAUUUAGGGAGGCGAUAGAGAUGUUUCACGAGAUGCAAAUGGGAGAUGUGCGUCCGAAUUAUGUGACUUUGGUUAGUGUUCUUCCUGCAAUUUCGCGACUUGGGGCUCUUGAAUUAGGAAAAUGGGUGCAUUUGUAUGCAGAGAAAAAUGAGAUUGAGAUUGAUGAUGUGCUUGGAUCAGCACUGAUUGAUAUGUAUUCUAAAUGUGGGAGCAUUGAGAAGGCAGUUCAAGUCUUUGAGAGGAUACCUAAAUUGAAUACAAUAACAUGGAGUGCUAUGAUUGGAGGGUUUGCCAUGCAUGGCCGAGCAAAGGAUGCUCUUGAUUGUUUCACAAGGAUGGAAAAAGCUGGUGUAAAACCCAGUGAUGUAGUGUAUAUUGGCAUCCUGAGUGCUUGUAGUCAUGCAGGCUUGGUGGAAGACGGUCGGUUCUUUUUCAACCACAUGGUAAAUGUUGUUGGUUUAGAACCUAGGAUGGAACAUUAUGGCUGCAUGGUUGACCUAUUAGGUCGUGCUGGCCUUUUGGAAGAAGCUGAAGAGCUUAUAUCGAACAUGCCAUUUCAACCGGAUGAUGUAAUAUGGAAGGCUUUGCUUGGUGCUUGUAAAAUGCAUGACAAUAUCGAGAUGGGAAAACGUGUAGCAAAGGUUUUAAUGGAUUUGGCUCCUCAAGAUAGUGGAGCUUAUGUGGGUCUGUCAAAUAUGUAUGCCUCUUCAGGAAAUUGGGAAGGGGUAGCAGAGGUGAGGCUAAAAAUGAAACAAAUGGACAUAAGGAAAGACCCUGGUUGUAGUUGGAUUGAACUUGAUGGAAUGAUUCAUGAGUUCCUUGUGGAAGAUGAUUCCCAUCCGAAAGCCAAAGAAAUCCAUUCAAUGUUGGAGGAAAUAUCGGAAGAAUUGAAGUUGUUAGGCUAUAGACCAAAAACCACACAAGUCUUGCUUAACAUGGACGAGGAAGAGAAAGAAAGCACAUUACACUAUCAUAGUGAGAAGAUUGCAAUUGCAUUUGGCUUAAUAAGUACAAACCCUGAAACAACACUGAGAAUAGUCAAGAACUUGAGGAUGUGUGAAGAUUGUCACUCUUCAAUAAAACUAAUCUCGAAGGUUUACAAACGUAGGAUAAUUGUAAGGGACAGAAAGCGAUUCCACCAUUUUGAAAAUGGGUCGUGUUCUUGUAUGGACUAUUGGUAACAUCUGUCUGUGUUAGCCUAAAAUGAUACUGCUAAUUACUUUAGUAUCAGGUAUUUGAUUGGGAACUGUACAAUUGAGUGGAUGAAAUCAAUUGAAAAUGAAACAUAAUUAA